UCCCGCCGUGGCUUUUCUCAAAAGGAAUUGCCGGACUUGGGACGGGACACUCCCUUUCCCCGCGGCUGCCUUCGGGUCGAACGCUUUAGGCUGUUUUCAGAUAUAAAAGUGCCCGGCCAACGCUCCCUUCGUCCGGUCAGCGCGGUGAGCCGGAGUUUCAGUCGGUGGACAGAGCUCUUAUUUCGCUGAUAAAAACGGAGCGUGUUGAGCAGGGAAGAUGUGAGGUUGGCAGCCGUUCCGACGUGCCCUGGUUGUGUCGGCAGUAAGGACCCGGCUGCCCUGAGGAAGCUUUGUUGGAAAGCGGCUGCCCAGAGGUGCGGUCAUUUCCCGGAGGAUGUUCCCGAGCAGCUCCCAGGACUCGGGGCACGGGCAGGUUUGGCUCCAUCGCUGAUCGCAGCCAUUUCCCUGUGAGGACUGGGGCAUCCUUGCUCCCGCCUUCCCGGAGGCGGCUUUGGGAGCUGAGAGGAAACAGCGAGGUCUGAAAUGUUGGUAUUGGCAGCAGCCCCUGGGCUCAGAGAUGGAUUCGCCAGAAGGGGCCACAAUUAGGAGUGAGCAGAAAUUCAGAAAAUUCUUAAAAAGCCUCAUAAGGAAGCAGCCUCGGGACCUUCUGCUGGUCAUUGGGACGGGGGUGAGCGCUGCAGUGGCCCCAGGAAUCCCAGCACUCUGCUCCUGGAGAAGCUGCAUUGAGGCUGUCCUUGGAGCAGCUGAGCAGCUGGAGGUGCUGCACCCGGGGGAUGUCGCUGAAUUCCGUAACAAAGUCAAGAAGGAGAGAGACCUGCUUGUGGUGGCACAUGAUCUCAUCAGGAAGAUGUCACCACGUACCGGGGACACGAAGCCCAACUUCUUCCAGGACUGCUUAAUGGAGGUGUUUGAUAAUUUAGAACAGCACAUUCAGAACCCUGUGGUUCUGCAAUCCAUCCUGAGGCUCAUGGAGAGAGGCACAAUGGUUCUGACUACAAACUACGAUAACUUGCUCGAAAUAUUUGGUCAGCAACAGGGUAAACCUAUGGAAUCUUUAGACCUUAAAGAUAAGGAUAAGGUUCUUCAGUGGGCAAGGGGCCACGUGAAAUACGGAGUUCUUCACAUUCACGGCUUAUAUACAGAUCCCUGUGGAAUGGUGCUUGAUCCCUCAGGAUACAAAGAUGUUACUCAAGAUCCUGAAGUCAUGGAGGUUCUUCAGAACUUGUACCGAACCAAGUCUUUUUUGUUUUUGGGCUGUGGAGAAACUCUACGUGACCAGAUAUUCCAAGCUCUUUUUCUUUACACAGUAAAGAACAAAGUGGAUCUAGAACAUUACAUGUUGGUGCUCAAAGAAAACGAAGACCACUUUUUUAAGCUCCAGGCAGAUAUGCUGCUGCAUGGGAUAAAAGUGGUGUCCUAUGGGGACUGCUUCCAGCAAUUCCCAGACUAUGUCCAGGAUCUGACUGCUCAAAUCUGCAAACAGAGAAGUCCAGAUGCUGAACGGGUGGACAGCACAACGCUGUUGGGCACGUCGUGUGUGGACUGUGCUAAAAGGAAGUUAGGAGAAAGCGGCACUGAUUCUCCGAAGAGGAUCAAGCUGUCAGAUAAUGAUGUACCCACUUUGGAAUGAAAAAAUCCCAACCACCCAAGGCCCACCCCAGAAGCUUUUUAACAGUAGGUGUUCUACAUCUGCUGCAUGGAAAGUUUUGAGCUGGUAUUUCCAUGAUUUUAAGUGGAAUAAAAUUGUACAUACUUGAGCUUUCUCUUUUCUAAAGCCAUAAA